GCAAAACCCUCCGACAUUCUCAUCGCCUCUGUUCCGUUCCUCCGCCGCUGCCUCGCUGAAACGGGGAUCCCGCCGCCGCCGGCAUCCCCAACCCGUCAGCUCCAGAACUCCGCGCCGCACUCCCCGCUUCGUUCGUGAUUCCAUCUGUGAGCCGCAGCAAUGGCAGCGGGUGGUGCGCCGACCAAUAUGCAGAAGGAACAGAUGUUUGGAUUGGCUGAGAAAGAGAUGGAAUACAGGGUUGAUCUUUUCAAUCGGCUUACACAGACAUGUUUUGCCAAGUGCAUCGAGAAGAGGCACAAAGAAGCUGAGCUCAACAUGGGUGAGAACAGCUGCAUUGAUCGAUGUGUUUCAAAAUACUGGCAGGUAACUAAUCUAGUCGGACAGCUUCUUGGAAAUCAGCCUAAAAUGUGAACUGAGAUGAAAUUUCAUUUUGUGGUGCAAUAUUAUGUCUUCCUUUUUGGUUCUAGGGUUUUGAUGUAUUACUAUGUAAACCAAUGUGACAUGGGGUGUUCGAGAGAGAAAUUACAUCUCUAAUUUUUAUCCUUCUAUUGGUGGCGCAAUAGGGAAAACCAACAUGUGAGGUUUCUGAUACCAAAUUCUACAUCUACCCUUCGUUUGAGCUUUGAAAGCAACAUAGCCUUUAGUUUUAUGGAUGCAAAUGUGUAUCCUUUCUGAAAAGAUAAACUGUUUCAACCAGUUUAUAUCAUUGGUCUUACCUUGUUCGGUUAUACCUAGUA